AUGGUUGCAGCAGGAAUCCAGAGUCAGUCGGCCGUUGGUCGUCUGGCGGCCGAGAGACAACAUGGUAUCGUGGGUAUGCUCAAGAACCCGUACGUCUCCAUGACGUGCUGUUUUGCUGCCCUGGGUUGUAUCAUGUAUGGUUAUGAUCAGGGUGUCAUGUCUCCUGUUCUUGUUAUGGAGAACUUUCAGUCACAAUUCCCCAGCCUCAUGGGCGAUACCAUCCAGGGCUGGCUGGUUGCUGCCCUUGAGCUUGGUGCCUGGUUCGGAGCCCUUAUCUGUGGUUACACUGCCGACAAGAUCUCCCGGAAGUACUCAAUGAACGUGGCCGUCAUCAUCUUCACCCUCGGGACCUGCCUUCAGUGCGCUGCCCAGAACCCAGGCAUGCUCUUUGCCGGUCGUAUCAUCGGCGGUGUUGGUAUUGGCAUGUUCUCCAUGGUCAUUCCUUUGUAUCAGGCCGAAAUUGCGCCACCAGAGCUGCGAGGCUCCCUCGUCUCGCUCCAACAACUGUCCAUCACCAUCGGCACCACCAUCGCCUUCUGGCUCGACUACGGGUUCCAGUUCAUCGGAGGAAGCGAGUGCAAGCCCUACAACGUGCCAGAGGACCAGUGGUACAUCGACGGUUCCUUCAACUACGAGGCCGCCCACGGCCACUUGUGCUCUGGCCAGAAGGACAUCGCCUGGCGGUUCCCCAUCGCCUUCCAGAUGGUCUUUGCCUGGAUCCUCUUUGUUGGCAUGUUCUUCCUGCCCUUCUCACCCCGCUGGCUCGCCAUGAAGCACCGUGACGAGGAGUGCAUUGCCUCGCUGUCCAAGCUGCGUCGUCUGCCCGCUGACGACCCCGUCCUGCGUGCCGAGUUCCUCGAGAUCAAGGCCGCCGUGAUGUUCGACGAGGAGGUCGAGGCCGAGCUGGCUGCUACUGGCAAGUUUGGAACCUGGAAGCCGCUCUUUGCCAAGAACAUGCAAAAGCGAGUCUGGAUUGGAAUCUGGCUCAUGAUCUUCCAGCAAUUUACUGGUAUCAACUCGGUCCUCUACUAUGCGCCCCAGAUCUUCGACAGCUUCGGCCUGACCUCGACCACCGUGAGCCUGCUCGCCACCGGCGUAACAGGCAUCUUGCAGGUCAUUUUCACCAUCCCCUCCGUGCUCUAUCUCGAUAGAUUUGGCCGCAAGACCUUCCUGAUCUGCGGAGCCAUCGGCAUGAUGGUGUGCCACGCCAUCGUCGCGGGCGUCGAAGGCAGCUUCAUGUCCGACUGGAGCGCCCACGGCAACGCAGGCUGGGCCGCCGUCGCCUUUGUCUGGCUGUUCGCCGUCAACUUUGCCUACUCGUGGGGGCCCGUCACCUGGGUCCUCGCACAGGAGAUCUUCCCCAACUCGCUGCGGUCCAAGGGCGUGGCCAUCACGGCGUCGACGAACUGGAUGUUCAACUUUGUCAUUGGCCUGACGACCAAGGACAUGCUGUCCACUAGCGGCAUGUCGUAUGGCACUUACAUCUUCUUUGCGUGCUUUUGCGGUAUGGGCGCUGUUUUCGUCUGGAAGUGUAUCCCUGAGACCAAGGAUAAGACGCUCGAGGAGCUGGAUGUCUACUUUGGCGGGGACGACACCACCAUCGCUGCCGAGGACAAGGCGCGCAUGGAUCGUAUCUACGCCAGCCUGGGCCUGUCUGGUGUUGAGAGGCCUGAGGAUCUGAACGAGAAGUCGCCGGCUGGAGAAUGCUUUACUGUACUAUGGGACCACAAGAACGUCAUUUAG